CCCUUAGAGAAAAUUAAUAAAUGACAGCGCGCCACCAACGAAUUUAUUUUAAAAUGUGAACAAGAUUAAUACUAAUACAAGUUGGAAAAUGAAAUUCAGAGCUUUGAUGACUGAAAAUCCUGCAAUGCGAGAAUUUUUAAAUAUCUCCCUAAGUUUGACCAGAUUUGCCAAAAGCUGUAUUCUCAGAUUAACAUCAACAAAAUUGUUUUUUAUUAUAUCCGAAGAAGAAAGAGGUCCAAGAAGGCCUCUGGUUUGGUGCGAACUUCCUGUGAGUUUUUAUUUCAAAGAGUACAACAUAGUGGGAGUUAGUGAAGUACAUAAUGAGAUUUAUUUAGAGUUAUCUACUGUUCUGCUUUCUAGAUCAUGUUCCCUUUUAAAGCAAGAAAUUAAAUCUUUCAAAAUAAAGUUGACCAAUAAAGAGUCUCCAUGUCUCACACUGGAAAUGGAAAUGGUUGCCGGAGAAACACUAAGCCGUCAGUAUGUACAUGACAUUCCUGUUGAAAUUAUAUCUAGAAAACAUUGGGCUGAUUAUGAGGAACCUAAUUUCAGUGAUUUUCAUGUAUCAAUUGAAAUGCCUAACUUAAAAUCGAUAAAAAAUAUUGUGGAAAGAAUGAGGAACAUGAGUCAUAGUUUAAUUGUUAAUGCUAAUCGAACUGGUAAAUUGACUCUACAAAUUAAAACCAACAUUGUAGAUCUCUCAGCUCACUUUCCAAAUUUAAAUGUGGAAAGUUUUGCAGUAGAUCACAUUUCUAAUAACCUAGAGGAAAGUGGUGCACAAGAAGGAUCAGUAGUUUCAACUAUAGACCUGAAGAAAUUUUUAAUGUUCCUCACAGGAAUGCAACUAACAAAUUGCAGAGCUACAUGCAGUAUAAUUCACAGAAAAAUGUAUUUUAACAUAAUGUAAUAACUAAAACAAUAAGUAAAAUUAAAGCAUACAUUGGGGCCCAUGUUCUUAAAUAUCCAACAAGUGAAAUAUAUUUUCCAUGAUAUGUUAUCAGCAUUGCUAGUUUGACCAUAUUCCAC